AUGGCUUUGCAUGGUUGCUAUUGUCACCAUAUAAAGUUGACAAAUCAUAGAAGAACACCAAACUCCUUCAGCUUCUCAUCCUCCAUUUCGAAUCCCAAGUUUCCAAAGAAUAAAAGGGGACAGCGUGAUUCAUCAGAGAAUGAUGCAUAUCCCAGGUUCCUGGUUGUAAUGCGUCAGACAGAAUUGCCUGCAUCAAAUUCAAAGUAUGGUACCAAUGGAAAAGCUGUUAGAAUGGUACCCUCAAGUGAGGUAGUGAAGAGAAGCACACUGUCUGAUAAUAAGGUGGAGACAGUGCAUGCUGCAAAACAAAAUGUUAAUGGAGCAGCAACUAUUUUAAAAAAAGAUGUUAACCCACCCUUGACCAAGGCAGUGAAAUCAAGAACCUCUGAAGAACUUCCACCGCUGGAGGAGCUCAAGGUUUUACCCUCGGACGAAGGCUUCAGUUGGGCUAAUGAGAAUUACAGUUCUUGGCAGAGAUAUAUUGAUGUUUGGUCUUUUGUGCUUUCUUUGCGUAUUCGGGUUUUAUUGGACAAUGCAAAAUGGGCAUAUAUUAGAGGCUUCACAGAAGAUAAACAGGUUGAAAAGCAGAAGGCGGAAAACAGCGUCGUGGUUAGGGAGCGUGUGUUGCAGCUUGGUCCAACUUUCAUCAAGCUUGGGCUGUUAUCAUCAACAAGGUCAGAUCUAUUUCCACAUGAAUUUGUGGAUGAGCUAGCAAAGUUGCAGAACAAGGUCCCUGCCUUCUCUCCAAAGAAAGCAAAAAGCUUCAUUGAGAGUGAAUUGGGAGCUUCCAUUAGCUUACUGUUUAGGGAGUUCGAAGAUCGGCCAAUAGCCGCUGCUAGUCUUAGUCAGUGUUUAGGCAGCUAUUAA